AUGGCCGCUGUCACGGACCCAGUGAACCCCUCCAAUUCCGACGUGGUGGUUGACUUCGGAUUACCAACUCCGCCGCCUGUCAAUCCUGUUGACGAAUUAAACUCUCUUACCGUGCUCGACGUUUUGGAUUCCGACUCCCGCCCGACGUUUGUUCUAGAUCUAGAUCCCGACACAAGUCCCGAGCGAUUGGAGGCGAUCGUCCCGGUCUUUUGCAACGCCGCCCUCCGCCAGCACGAGCGUUUGUACGACGGCAUUGUCGGCCCCGACGCGUCCGGAGUCGUCGACCCCUCACCGGACGGCACGCCCGAGAAUCAAUCCCUCGAGGCGAGAAAUUAUGCUUACCACGACUUUCGCCGCUGGGCCACGGGUGUCACGCCUCACGACGACAGCAAAGACGUCUUUCCCCUCACGAUCCUCUACGCAGAUCUACUGUGGACCGGCUCCACCGUCCAUAAGCGCUGGCGCAUCGUCAGUGGUAACAGACUAUGGCGAUUUGCCGACACCGAUGCAGAUUCUACACUUGCCGAGCUGAACCCGGAUGUGAAGACCACUUCGCCGUUUAGUUCACAGCGUGGCGGCCGUUCCACCGAAGAGAAGUUCAAGAGACAGGCCAGCAAGGAUGCGACGGUCAAGGCUCAACGACAAAAUGAAAGGGGGAAAAGCCCACGUCUGCUUUCGCAAGAAAGAAAGAACCCUUUGGCUCUAGAUGUUGUCGAUAAGCCAGUCAUGACUGUAGCCGUACCUACAGACCCAUCACCCGGUGCGACUCUCGUGUCGUCCUCACGACCUCCCCACUCGUUGACGUCCUACUUUCCGCCCGAUGGCAGCUCCAAUGAGACCGGCACGGGGACCGGUAGCUCUUCCUACCAACCGACAAUACCCUUAAAGGCAUCAUUACCGGAAAGGGCAGUUGCCGACUGGACGGCUCCCGAAGACAAACUAAAAGGCGUGCUCUCGGAGCACCUCAAAUUCGCCAGAUCGGUCAACUGGGCCGACACACCUCUGGGGCCCAUGGAUUCUUGGUCAGCCGAGUUCCGCCAGGUUGCGAACCUUGUCAUGACCAACCCGUUCCCGGCAGCCCUCUUCUGGGGUAGCGAGCUGACGAUGCUUUACAACGAGGCUUACGCGCGCGAGGUCGCUGGCAACAAACACCCUUCGCUUAUGGGCACGGGAUUCUCGGGCCCUUUUGCUGAGCUGUGGGACUAUGCGGGGCCCGUGUUUGCCGAAUGCGCGAGGACCGGUGUGGCUGUACGCAAGGAGAACGAUUAUCUACCGAUCGACAGGCAUAGCUUGCUGGAGGAGACGUUUUAUUCCUGGGGGUUCGUUCCCCUCUACGGCGGUACCAGUCGGAUCCUCGGCUUCUACAACGCACCGUUCGAGACUACAACCCAGGUGCUGAACCAGCGCUAUCUGACGACCAUCAACAACCUAGGCGCUCAUGCGGCCCACGCCAAGACGGUCAAGCAGUUUUGGAAGCGGGUGUUGGAAUCCCUCGAGGAAAACAUUUUUGAUGUGCCCUUCGCGCUGUUGUAUUCGGUCGGUGACGCGGGCGAGGAUGAAGAGAACGUAUCAACCUCAUCUGGGAGCACAUUGUCCCUCAAGUCGUGCUACCUCGAGGGCGCAAUCGCAGUCCCUGAAGGCCAUGUUGCUGCGCCCAAACAGCUUGAUUUGAAGCGGUCUUGGGAAGGGUUUGUCCCGACUUUCCGUGAGGCCAUGCGGACAAGAGAACCCACCGUCUUGCAUAAACGGGACGGCACCCUGCCAGAGUCGCUCCUGGAGGGGAUUUCCUGGCGAGGAUUCGGCGACCCUUGCCGCGAGGCCGUCAUCUUUCCCGUGCGCCCAACCAACGGCGAUGUCGUCCUGGCGUUCCUCGUGCUGGGCGUCAACCCGAGGCGCCCACUCGACGACGCUCACAGGGCUUUUAUCAGCAUGCUUAACCGGCAGCUGGCGACAUCCCUCGCAUCGGCAAUUUUGUUCGAGGACGAGGUUCGUCGCAGCAAAAACGCGGCCGAGAGAGCGGCCCUCGAAAAGGAGCAGUUGACGGAACAACUGACAUUGCAAGCUAACCGCCUGAGGCGCAUGACGGAGAUGUCACCGCUGGGCAUGUUCCUGAUCGAUCCCGAUGGGGUUCUCCGAGAGGCAAACGAUAGGUUUUAUGAAAUGACGGGCAUCCCUCGCGACAGGACCGAGACGGAGCUUGCGUGGCUCGAUUUUGUGCACGAUAACAGCAGGGCCUUGGCCGAAGAGGGAUGGUCGAAGUUGAUGAAGGGGGCGUCGGACAAGAAUGCCUCGUCUACGGACAAAUUCUCAUGGUCCACUGAGAUGCAAAUCAAGCAACGCGGCGUAAAUACCAGCCCUGUCAACCUCCAGGGCGAAGCCAUCGACUUUUGGGUCUUGAUCAACGCGCAUUCGGAAUUUGCCAGCAACGGCUCACUUCGUUCCAUCAUGGGAUCCAUUACGGAUAUCUCGCAUCUCAAGUGGGCUCAAGGGCUGCAGCAACGCCAGCUCCAGGAGGCCGAGGAGACGCGCAGACAGCAAAACGAGUUCAUUGAUAUAACCUCUCACGAGAUGCGCAACCCGCUCAGCGCCAUUCUGCAGUGUGCCGACGAUAUAUCGACCGCCCUGGCCGAGUCUUCCCUGACGCAGACACCCCCACGGCACGAGGUUGUCGAGUCUUGCGUCGACGCCGCCCAGACUAUCGCGUUGUGCGUCCAGCAUCAAAAGUCCAUCGUGGACGACAUCCUUACCAUCUCGAAGCUUGAUUCGAGUUUGUUGCACAUCACACCGCUCCCUGCCCGCCCUCAGGCUGUCAUCCGCCGAGCUGUAAAAAUGUUUGAUCCAGAGUUGCAGGCCAAGGAGAUCAAGUGUCGCGUCGAAACGGACCCGUCGUACUCUGACUUGGGCGUCGAUUGGGUUUUGGUCGACCAGAACCGCACUCGCCAGAUCCUCAUCAACCUAAUCACCAAUGCCAUCAAAUUUACCGCGCCCGCCGAGGAGCGCAUAAUCACCGUCCAGGUGGCCGCCUCGAUAGAACCUCCCGACCCGACCUUGACACGUCCAGAUUUCGAAUACGUCGAGCCCAAGCAUACCCCAACCACCCUCAACUUUGCCGAGGACUGGCCGGCCGACGAGACGUUGUACAUCCGAUUCCAGGUCCAGGACACAGGCUGCGGUCUCAGUCUCCCCGAGAAGCAGAUGCUUUUCCAGCGGUUCCGACAAGCCAGCCCGCGCACGCACGCGCAGUACGGAGGCUCUGGACUUGGCCUUUUCAUCUCGAAGCGCCUAGCCGAGCUGCACGGCGGCCAGAUUGGCGUCGCGUCGACAGAAGGCAAGGGCAGCCUGUUUGGUUUCUACGUCCAGGCUCGCAGGACGGCACCGUUGGCCGAGGAGGACGCCGCAAUCAGCGAUGCGCAGGGCAUGAGAAUGGAGCAGCAUCUGGGGGCCGACUCUUCCACCCUCAGCACCUUGAACGCAUCCCCGCAACGGCUGGACUACGCGGGUGGUUUGGCCGGCCCGGAUAACAACAUGGUGGUCAGGAGCAAGUCCAGCCCUGCCGUACUCAACGAUCUCGCCGCCACUGCCGCCGCUGAGACGCUCCCCAGAAUCCUCGACCCCCGCGAGCUGCACGUCUUGGUGGUCGAGGACAACCUGAUCAACCAAAAGGUGCUGGCUAAACAACUCCGCAAAGCAGGAUGCACGGUACACACGGCCAACGACGGGCUGGAGGCGCUGGAAUUCCUCGAAUCGACAGCCUUUCGGGUAGGCAGCGUGCGGCUAUCCGUCAUCCUCAUGGACCUCGAAAUGCCCAACAUGGACGGCCUGACGUGCGUGUCCGAGAUCCGGCGGAUGGAGGUGGACGGCAGGAUCGAGACGCACGUCCCCGUCAUCGCCGUCACGGCCAACGUGCGCGACGAGCAGGUCGCGGAGGCGCGGAGGAGCGGCAUGGAUGACGUCUUGAGCAAGCCGUUCCGGGUGCCGACCUUGUUCGACAAGAUUGGCGCUUUGUUGCUGGGGACAAGGGGCUAG